AAAAUGUUUGGGUUUUUUGCAGUCAUUUAGUCAGUGAUUGAUGUGUUGACAGCAAACCAAUUGUUGACCCAUUUGUUGUUGUUUUUGUGGAUCAAAUGCAGUGAUAAAUACCGACAUUCAGUGGUCCGAUAGGACAACAAAAAUGUAUUCAAACAACAAUUCAAACCGAAAUUACAAUCAAAGCCAUCCGUCAUCGGUUGGCGACAUUCUCGCUGGUCAUUCGCCGCCGUUUUUGAGGCCACCACCGACUGGAGGAUCAGCUGCGACUCCGCACCCGUCGGCAGUACCGCCACUACCUCCGCGUCCAAAUGAAACUAAUUCACUGUUCAACAGACAACCCUAUUUUGGCAAUUCUUACGGCAACUUCGGGACACAGUAUUCUGGUUAUCCGUCGUCACUCUAUUCAAAUCAAUUGAAUCCGUUAUCGGGUUUUGGUUUUAAUAGAUUCAAUGGCCACUUCUUUGGCAACAACAACAACAGUUUCGGCGAAAGCGAUAUCACGAGAAUAGCCGAUGAAAGUUGUCGUCCGGCCUUCCAAUCGAUUGAGUCGAUAGUCCAGGCGUUUGCUUCGGUAUCGAUGAUGUUGGAGUCGACAUACUUUGCUGUCCACAACUCGUUUCGCGCUAUUGUCGGUGUCGCCGAUCAUAUGACGCGUGUGCGCCAACAUUUGUCACAAAUUGUAUCGGCUCUGGCCAUCAUUCGGACACUCAAAUGGAUUAUCAGAAGAUUUUUGCAGUUGUUUGGCGUCCGUGUCUUUGCUGCCAACGGCAGCGGCGACGACAGCACUGAAAGAGCUUGGAGUCAGGCUUUCGGCGAUAACACAAACUCAAUUGCAAACCAUCUGAGAGCCGACGGAACUUUCAAUGCCAUCAAUGACUCGCCAUCAGAGUUGGCCACAAGUGGUCACUCUGUUUGGCCGGUCGUUGUAUUUUUCAGUACAAUUCUCGGUAUGCCUUGGCUUAUAUGGAAAUUAUUGUCGACUAUUACCGGAACUCCUAAACCAGCAUCGGACAAAUGGUUGACCGGCGAAGAUGAACACUACGAGGCAAUAGCUCUCUACGAUUUUCGUACCGAAUUGAAUGGCGAGUUGGCGUUCACUGUCGGACAGAGACUUAGAGUUGCACCCAAAGAUUUACAGCCGAGAGUAAGAGGUUGGCUGUUGGCCACAAUUGACGGCAAAAGUUUUGGUCUGAUUCCCGCCAAUUAUGUCAAAAUUGUUAAUUUACGUAAUCCUAAAAAACAACAAUAAAUUGCU